CUGUCAAAUGAUGAGGGACAAAUACAGGUCUUCUAGUGAUUGGGAUCUUCAAAAUAACAGCCACAUCAUAUAAUGUUAUAGUCAUAUCUCCGAAUGAUAAAUGAAAUGUAUUCGUUUUCGGCUGUCAUGUCUCUGUAAAUGCUGAGACAAUAGUAGGAUUUGUAAACCGAUAAGUAGGGGUGUGCAAUCGGUUAUAACCGAACCGGCCAACCCUACUAACCGAAACCGAACUAACCGAAAACUAAACUGAAUUAACCGAACUGAUAAUCGAUUAUGCAAAAUCAGUAUAAAAACAAACCAUUCUACCAAUUUGCAGAAAUGAAAUACAAGAAUAGCAUAUGCAAAAGCAGCAAAACCAUUUAGAAAUUGAGAGAAUACAAAUUAAUUUGUGCAAAAGAAGGAAAUACAAAUGAAAGGAAGAAAUAUCAAGAAACUAUCUCACUGACAGUGUUCUAAAACUCGGGCUGGGCGGCCGCCUAGGCGCUGGGCAGCCGCCAGCCGCGGCGCUUUUGGGGGAGGCGGCCCAUUUAGGCGGCCCCCCGACUAGGCGGUUCCAGGCGUGCCUAGGCGGUCGAGGCGGCCGCCUAGCCGCCAGUCGCAGCCCUAGGCGGCCUCCGCCCCCCACACUUUUCUUCAGCUAAGCGCGUAGAUCGUUUUUAGGGUUUACAUUUCAUUUCAGAUUUCCCCCCCUCCUCUCUCUCUCGCCUCUCGUUGUCUCAUCUUGGUGCGUCGCCGGUUGCUCCCCUCCUCGCCGUCGUCGGACCCGCCGCCGCUGCUCGCUUGAACGACAACCUGUCUGGCUGCCUCUCUCACCGCACCACCUCUCUCACCGAGCAACCUCUCUGGUCGCCUCUCUCACCGGCCACCGCACCGCCUCUCUCACUGGCCGCCGACCGCGUCCCUCGCCGCCGACUGCCUCUCCUCUGUGUUCUGCCACUGCCGAGUCCCUUUCUCUCUCAAUCCGCCGCCUUCAAGCAUCACUAACAGUAUGUAGUAUGUACUAUGUAUUUAAAACUAUUUAUUAACCAUCAUCUAUGAUUUUCAAAUUUAUUAACCAUGUCUUUCACUAGCAAUGUUUAGAUUUUAUCUUCCACAUGAUUUUGAUUUUCAGUUUCAGAUUUGUGUUAGGUUAUUAGCAAUGUUAAGUUCCUGUGUUAGGUUGUUAGCUUUGAUUUUCAGAUUUGUGUUAGGCUGUUAGCAAUGAUUUUCAGAUUUGAUUUUCAGAUUUUGUCUUCCACAUGAUUUUCAGAUUUGAUUUUGACUUCCACAUGAUUUUCAUAUUUGAUUUUGUUCAGUUUAAGUGAUGUCUGGAACGGGGAGUACGGAAGCAUCGUCCGCUACCGUCUCAAUUCUUAAAAGGAAGUCAAAUGAUGUGGGGUGGGAGUAUGGGAUGCUAAUUGAUCCCAAGAAUAUGGACAAAGUCAAAUGCAAGUUAUGCAGUAAGGUGAUGUCUGGCGGUGUUUACCGAGUUAAAGAACACAUUGGCCAUAUUUCUGGAAAUGUGUCUGCAUGUCCAAAAGCUUCUCCAGAUGAUAGAGCCAAAUGCAAGAAUGCAAUUGAGGAGGCAAGGAAUAAAAAGAAGAAUAAGAAAAAGGAAGAAGAUCUGAUGAGAUCAACAGUCAAUAUUUCUGAAAAGGGGGAAGGGAAUGGCGAUGAUGAAUUGCAAGAAUUAGGGAGUAAUAACCCACCCCGCACACUUGGCCCUAUGGAUAAAUUUGCAAGCUCCAUCAGCCCUGAAGCUGGUUCAAGUGUAAAAAUGACACAAAGACAACAAAAUAUCAAUGAAGCACUCUUUAAAGAGAGGACACAGACAGUCCGUGAAUAUUGUGCUAGGUGGGUCUAUGAGCACGGUAUUCCUUUCAAUGCCAUUGAUAAUGACAGUUUCAAGUUGUUUGUUGAGGCAGUUGGUCAAUUUGGGCCAGGCUUCAAUCCUCCUAGUCAAUACCAGUUGAGGGAAACGUUGCUAAAGGGGGAAGUUGACAGGAUGAAAGGUUUGUUAAAGAAGCAUGAAGAAGAGUGGGCAAGAAAUGGGUGCUCCAUUAUGACAGAUGCUUGGAGUGAUAGAAAAAGAAGGAGCAUCAUGAACUUAUGUGUUAAUUCUAAUGCCGGUACUGCUUUCCUUUCUUCUAAAGAAUCUUCAGAGGAGGCACAUACAAGUGAACUCAUUUUUGAGUAUGUGGACAAAUGCAUUGAGCAAGUUGGGCCACAAAAUGUUGUCCAAGUGGUAACUGACAAUGCUGCCAACAAUAUGGGAGCGGCAAAGUUAUUGAAGGUGAAGAGACCCAAUAUCUUUUGGACAUCAUGUGCUACUCACACCAUCAAUUUAAUGCUUGAAAGCAUUGGAAAACUGCCAAGGUACAAAAAAGUCAUUGAUCAAGCCAAGAGUUUGACAAUCUUUAUUUAUGCACAUCAUAAGACCUUAUCCUUAAUGAGGUCAUUUACAAAGAAGAGGGAUAUAGUGAGACCAGGUGUCACUAGAUUUGCUUCUUCUUUCCUUACUCUACAAAGUUUAAUGGAGAAAAAGAGCCAAUUGAGGGCAAUGUUUACUAGCUCUGAGUGGGAGGAGUGCAAGUGGUCAAAGACUGUUAAAGGGAAAGCAGCCUAUGCAACUGUGUUAAGUAUUGCUUUCUGGAAUGGUGUGACUAUAUGUCUUAAGGUUUUUGCACCUUUGGUGAGGGUGCUUCGAAUUGUUGAUGCAGAUAAGAAGUCUUCUAUGGGCUUUUUAUAUGGAGAGAUUAAUCAGGCAAAAAAGGAUAUUAAGGAGGCCCUAAACAAUCUUGAAAAGAACUAUUUGCCUAUUAUGGAAAUUAUUGAUGCAAGAGUGAAAGAUAGGCUAGAUAGUCCAUUGCAUUUUGCGGCUUACCUUUUGAAUCCAUAUUAUUUGUUCAAAGAUAUGGAUAUGCAAUUUGAUAAUGAACUGAUGGAUGGGUUUUUUAAUGCCGUGGAGAUGUUUUUUUAUGGUGAUGAUCGCAUGCAAGGGCAUAUUUUAAAUGUUGAGUUGCCAAAAUAUACUUGCAAAGAAGGAGUUUUUGGAAAGUCAUGGGCAAUUCAAGGGUGUGCAACAAAUGAUGAUAAUUAUAACCCAGUUAAAUGGUGGAUGACUUAUGGAAAUCAAACACCAAACUUGCAACGAAUGGCGAGAAGGAUCCUCUCGUUAACUAGUAGUUCAUCCGGUUGUGAAAGAAAUUGGAGUACUUUUGAAGGGAUACAUACGAAGAAAAGAAAUAGACUAGAUGUUAAUCGAUUGAACAAUCUAGUCUUUGUCCAAUUUAAUGCAAAACUGAUGAACAAGCAAAAAAGGGAGAAGGAGAGGAAUGUUGAUGUGCUACUUGCUAGUGAUGCUAGUAAUGCACAAGGAUGGAUCGUUGAUGGAGAAGAUGAGAGAACUUCAUGAAGAUGAUUUUCAAUCAGAAGAAGAAGAUGAACAAGAGCAUCAUGAAUUUGAUUUUGAGUUUGAUGAAGAUCGUGUGCUAGAAGAAUAUGGAGAGGAAGAAGAAGAAAUCCACUAAGAUAACUAGAUAUUACUUAGAUUCUUCAUAUAUGUUUUAAUGUUUAUGUUGUAUUAUUGUUGUUUUUGUCAUCUUAACCUCAGUACUAAUCUACAACAGUUUGUUUUUAAAGUUUUUUAAUGUUUAAAUUCAUUAUUUCACUUAUUAUUCCAACUUUGGUUUACUUGAUAUCAAAUUGCAUCAAAAAAUUUAAAAAAAAACACUAUUUUCCAAGUCGCCGCCUAGGCGCCCUAGGCGCUAGGCCCCAGUCGGGCGCCCGACUAGCGCCUAGCGCCUUUUAGAACACUGCUCACUGAAACUAAGUAACUAACCUCACUGAAAUAUCAAGAAACUAAUCCAUAACAAGGAAACGAAGGGGAUGGCCGAUCAUCACUGAAAGUCAAAAAAAUUGAAAAAUUAAAACCCUAACCUAACAUCAAUACUAACCUGUGUCUGAUGGCCGAUCAUCGUUGGUAUGGCCGUGUGGGGUCGAUCGUCCAAGCACAAGGGAAGGAAGAAAUAAGGAGACGAAGGGGACGGCGAUCGGCGAAGGGAAAGGCGUCGGUCUGGUUGACGAGCUUUGACGCGCAUGUUAUCGUCGCCGAUUGCCCCUCCGCCACUUCGGCAGCCGCCGCCAUGGCCCAGAUCUUGGAAUAGCCCUCAUCGAUCGUCCAAGCAUAAGGAAAAGAAGAAACGAAGGCGAGGGAUGGUGGGGUGAGGGUUAGGGUUCGAUUUGGUCGGGUGUGGGUUCCG